GUGGUGGCUGUGUAUGGGACUCUGUCAGACCUGCUCUCUGUGGCGAGUAACAAGCUUGGAAUAAAAGCAACCAGUGUUUACAACGGCAAGGGUGGCCUCAUCGAUGAUAUCGCUUUGAUUAGGGAUGAUGAUGUUUUGUUUGUCUGUGAAGGGGAACCCUUCAUUGACCCCCAGACUGAUGGGAGGCCUCAGGAGGAGCUCACAGGGGCACACACAGACUGGUUAACCCUCAACGUUGGAGGCCGAUACUUCACCACGACACGGAGCACUUUGGUUAAUAAGGAGCCUGACAGUAUGUUGGCCCACAUGUUUAAAGAUAAAGAUGCAUGGGGAAAUAAGCAGGAUCACAGAGGAGCAUUCCUGAUCGACCGCAGCCCGGAGUAUUUUGAGCCCAUUUUGAACUAUCUGCGUCACGGGCAGCUCAUUGUGAAUGAUGGCAUUAAUUUGCUAGGUGUUUUGGAAGAAGCCAGGUUUUUUGGUAUCGAUUCCCUCAUUGAACAUCUAGAAGUAGCUAUUAAGAACUCCCAGCCAGCUGAGGAUCACUCCCCCAUCUCCCGCAAGGAGUUCGUCCGGUUCCUGCUGGCCACCCCCACCAAGUCUGAGCUGCGCUGCCAGGGUCUCAAUUUCAGUGGAGCAGACCUCUCCCGGCUGGACCUGCGCUACAUCAACUUCAAGAUGGCCAAUCUGAGCCGCUGCAACCUGGCCCACGCCAACCUCUGCUGUGCCAACCUGGAGAGGGCAGACCUCUCGGGCGCCGUGCUGGACUGUGCAAACCUCCAGGGGGUGAAGAUGCUGUGUUCUAAUGCAGAAGGAGCAUCUCUAAAAGGCUGCAAUUUUGAAGAUCCAUCAGGCCUUAAAGCUAAUUUGGAAGGUGCUAACCUGAAAGGUGUUGACAUGGAAGGCAGUCAAAUGACAGGAAUCAACCUAAGAGUUGCAACACUGAAAAAUGCAAAACUAAAGAACUGUAACCUUAGAGGAGCAACGUUGGCAGGAACUGACCUGGAAAAUUGUGAUCUGUCAGGGUGUGAUCUACAAGAAGCUAAUCUGAGGGGAUCCAAUGUAAAAGGAGCUAUCUUUGAAGAGAUGCUGACACCUCUGCACAUGUCCCAGAGUGUCAGAUAGGGGAGAGACCGUGCUGAAGAGGAAGGCAUCAAAACACUCAUCCUGACUUCCUUCACCUCCUCCCAUUAUUAAGCUAGAAACAAUGGUUAUUGGACAA